AUGCCGAAAGAUAGGACCAAGAAGCGAAAUUUCAGCGGUACCGGUGCACCCAAUGGUCGCGGUGGGAAACCAUACUCAGGCACUCCUGCUGCCUCUGCUGCUGCGAAAGUAGCACAUAACAUCUUCAAGAUGAAUAAGGAUAUGGGUCAGCAUAUUCUUAUCAAUCCGGGUAUUGUGGAUAGGAUUAUUGAUAAAGCGGCGUUGAAGCAGAGUGAUGUCGUCCUCGAAGUCGGUCCCGGAACUGGUAACCUAACCAUGAAAAUCCUUGAAAACGCCCGCAAAGUCAUCGCUGUAGAAAUGGAUCCUCGUAUGGCCGCAGAACUCACAAAACGAGUACAAGGCAAACCCGUCGAACGAAAACUCGAAAUCCUGCUCGGCGAUGUCAUCAAAACCGAGCUUCCAUACUUCGACGUCUGCAUCAGUAAUACACCCUACCAGAUCUCUUCGCCAUUGGUUUUUAAACUAUUAGCAUUACCCACACCGCCUAGGAUGUGCGUACUCAUGUUUCAAAAGGAGUUUGCGGAUAGAUUGACGGCUCAACCUGGUGAUGCUUUUUACUCGAGGUUAUCUGCGAACGUGCAGAUGUGGUCGAAGGUUACACAUGUGAUGAAGGUUGGGAAGGGGAAUUUUAAGCCGCCGCCACAAGUUGAAUCUGCGGUUGUGAAAAUUGAACCUAAGGUUCCUAGGCCGACGGUGUCGUAUGAAGAAUGGGAUGGAAUGUUGAGAAUAUUGUUUAUCAGGAAGAAUAAGACAAUUUCAGCGGUGUUUGGGUUGUCAACAGUGCAGACACUUAUUGAAAGAAACUACAGGACUUGGUGUGCACAGAAUGACAUUCCUCUAGAGACGGAGGAAGGCGAUGGAGAUGUUGAAAUGGGUGGAGAAGCUGAGGAAGUGGCAGCGGACAAUGAUGCUAUGGAAGGACUGGAAGGAGUCGAGGAUGAUGACUUGCCGAGAGGUUACCAUGAGAUUAUAAAUGAAAGUCGGGGCGCAAAGAAGCAAGGGAAAAGGAAGUAUAGAGGCAAAGUUGCAGAGUUGGUGAGGUCGAAAGUUAAAAAGGUCCUCGAAGAAACCGACCUUGCAAAUCGCAGAGCUGCAAAAUGCGACCAGGGUGAUUUCCUCAGUCUACUUUACACCUUCAACAAAGAAGGUAUCCAUUUCAACUAA